GGAAUCUAUCCGAUGGCUUUUCGCUAAUUCGAAAGUAAAACAGGCUAAAAAGGUAAUCAAAAUGGCUGCUAAACUGAAUAACGUUGACUUUGAACACAUCUGGAGCAUAGCAUUAAAAAAUAACUCCGUACAAGAAGCAGCCAAUCAGAGAGAUGGAAAUAAUCCUGACAACCGACAUCGUGACCCCCAAGUUCUGGCAGACGAUGCAGCAAUUAACCACACGAAAGACCACGUUAAGGAAGACAUUGCAACAACAGACACCUCAAAGCAACCGAGUGAAAAAGAAAUGUCAAAGUCUACCCAACUGAAGGCUAUUUUUAAAAUACCAUACCUAAGGAAAAUUACUAUCGCCAUUUCCAUUUGCUGGAUGAUAGACAUAACAUCAUUCACCAGUCUUUAUUUCAUGGUGGAGGCUUUAGGAGGAAGUGUAUAUUUCAACUUUUCAAUGCUGGGAGUGGCUGAAGUUGUUUCUUCAAUAUUUUACUCGCUGGGAGUGAGCAGGUUUGGUCAUAAAAUAUCGUUGAUAUUUUCAAAGACUUUUACGGCGAUACUAACAUUUUCAGCUGGUCUCUUGAUGUUACUUGCAGAAACAAAAAAUAAUGUUUUAAUGCAAACCAUCGAAGAUGUCCAGAAAAUGAGAGCAGAAGAAAAAUCGAAGUCAAUAAGAACAUAA